AUGCUGCUGCUGCCGCUCGGCGUCCCGCACAACGUCACCCUGGGCGGCGCGCUCGCACCGCGCGUGCGGAAGGAAGGCGGCCGCGUCGCCUACCUAGCCGCGCUCCGCAACGCGGCGCUUGAACCGUUCCUGUCGGGCGCAGCAGGCGAGGCGGCUGCCCCCUCGACGGCUGGCGCGGCCGCCGGGGGCGCACUGCGGCUGCCGUCAGCUGCGACGUCGGCGGCGACGGACGCGGGGCCGUGGCGGCCGGACGCGGUCGUGUUUGCGAACGACGUCUUCUUCUGCGCAGAGGACGUGCUGCGGCUGCUGGCGCACGGCGCUGACCUGGCGUGCGGCCUCGACUUCUACACUGGGUCGUGGCAGCAGGCGGCGGGGGCCGGGGAGGGGGCCGGCGGCCGCACCGGCAGCGGGGGAAGCGGUGGGCGAGGAGGGGAGGAGGAUAUGGAUGACGUAAUGCUGCUGCGACAGAUUGAGGACGGGCAGGAGGGGCAGGAUGGCGGCGGCAGCUUGGCAGCGACGGCCGCCAGGCGGCGGGGCGCGCGGCGGCUGAGCAGGCAGCAGGCGUGGCAGCUGCAGGCGGCGGAGGCGCUGGAUCAGGGAGGCGAGGAGCAGCAGCAGCAGCAACUGCAGCAGCGAAUGCAGCAGCGGCUGCUGCAGCAGCAGGGGCAGCAGGAGGAGGAGCAGCAGUCACACCCCGGCGGUGCGGAGGCACAGCUGCGGUUCUACGACAAGUGGGUCGCGCGCGACGUGUCCGGCGCCCGCUUCAGCAACCUGCCGCCCUUCGUGUCCCACGCCCCCUCCCGCGCCCGCCUCGUCGCGGGCCUGCCCUUCCCGGCCGCCUGCUGCUGGAACGGCCUCGCGGCCCUCGGCGCCGCGCCGCUGCGCGCGGGGCUGCGGUUCCGGGGGGCGCUGGCCGGCGAGUGCCGCGCGUCGGAGUGCAGCCUGCUGUGUGAUGACCUGCAUCGCCUAGGCAGGGGGCGCGUGGUGGUGGACCCGGGGGUGCGCGUCGCAUACGAGUGGGAACAGGCGCAGCUGCUGGCGGGCGGCGCCGGCGGCGCAGCCCCGGGCCAGGGGGCGGCCCCGGGCGCGGCGGGCGGGGGGUCGGGGCUGCCGCCGCGGCAGAGCUGGGGGGACGCAGCGGCGUCGUCGGUGGCGGCGGCGGCGAAGGCCGGGACGGGCGAGUGGCGGGUGCGGCUGGAUGAGAUUGAGUGCUGCGACCUGCGGCCUGCGAAGACGUACGUCGACUUCCGCAGGGACUGCCGCCCGCGGGACGUCCUUGCACGCAACUUCACGCGCGAGUUCUUGGGCGGCGCACCGGCGGUGGCGUAG